AUGGACUCCGCUGAACUCAAGCACACCCUUCGCUCGAUAAACAUAGAUGUUCUAUGGACGGUGAGCGAGCGGACGUUCCUGUCGCCCUUCUUCGCGUGCUGGAUCCCGCUGAUCGCGCUGGGCCAGAGUGCGCCGGUGUUCUACUACUGGUCGGUCCGCUUCCUGGCCUUCGUGCUCCUCCGCACGCUCGUCUGCUGGAGCUCGCAAGCCUGGCGGAACCGGCGCUGGGCGCGCGGCCGGAUCGACUGGAACGACCAGGUCGUCCUCGUCACCGGCGGCAGCGAGGGUCUCGGCAGGGUGCUCGUGGAGACCUUGCUGCUCAAACACAUCUCCGUCGUCGUCCUCGACAUCAAACCUUACAGUGAUCGCGACGAGGAAGAAGAGGGGGACCUCAAGUUCUAUCAAUGCGAUGUCUCCGAUCCCGUGGCUGUCGCAGCAGCAGCCGACCGGAUCCGGGAAGAGGUCGGCUCCCCCACGAUCAUUUUCAACAAUGCAGGCAUUGUACACGGCAAACCCAUCCUCGAACUGGAGCCCGACGAGCUGAAAAAGACCUUCGGCGUGAACGUCUUUGCGCACUUCUAUAUCUACAAGGCCUUCCUGCCGGACAUGAUCAAGCGGAACUCUGGCCACAUCGUCACGAUGGCCUCGGUCCUUGGCCAUGUCGGCGUGGCCCGAGUGGCGGACUACUGCGCGUCCAAAGCCGCCGCGAUCCUUUUACACCAGUCCCUCAGAGAAGAGUUAACCUCAAUAUACCAUGCUCCUGGAGUUCGGACCACGCUGGUUUGUCCGGGAUUGAUGACUACCAAAAUGUUCGAAGAUGUGCAAACGUGGAACGAGUUCUUAUUCCCCAAGCUCUCGCCGCACGAGAUAAUGAAGAAGAUCAUCCAGACGAUCGACAACGAAGACUCGUCGGAGAUCUACCUGCCCCUGUAUACCAAAUUCAACUUCAUCUUCAACCUCUCUGACUUCUUCUUGGUCCCCUCCUGGUUGCUCAGCUUUCUGCAUUGGUUCGUCGGCUCCAAUCGCGCUUAUAUUGGCUCCUCAAAGAAGGGUAAAUAG